AUGCCUCCAAACCCUUUUGAACUGUUCCUCAGUAUUCGACGACAGAUAUCAUCACGAAGGAAGAAUUUAACAGCAGUAACACCGAAGUUACCGGCUGGGUACAAGGACUAUCUGAUGGUUAACUGUACGUAUGUUUUACAAGGAAACACUGCCAGCACUCUUUCUUUAUCAUGUCCACAUUCUGUAGAAGAUCCAAUGAGAGAAUUUUUUAUAGAACAGGAAAAUGCACGUUAUAAAUUACGUCUCCAACAUUUAAUAGAAAGGGAAAAAUUGGUAUUGUCUGCAGAACAGGAAAUUUUACGUGAACACGGUCGAGCUGCCAGGGCGGAUAUGAACCAAUCAACGCCAUUAAGUGCUUGUACUGUUUUACGUGAAGAGGAAGUUUAUAAUUUCUUACAUUUAGAUCAGCCUGAAGAAUGCGAGAAGAACGUAAGAGCGAGGUAUAAUAAACGACAAUUUAUAUCCUGGUUACAAGACGUUUCAGAUAAAUACGAAAAAAUUAAAAAAUUUUUAUUAUAUCGACAUCGUCAUGAAGCAGAGUCGUUAAACGCUGUUCAAAAACUUGAUUGGGAAUGUAAACUGAAAGAUUUAGGUUUAUGUGAUCAUAACGCCACCCCAGUGAUUGACGAACUUCAUCUACCCAUGGUUACCGUUAGCGAUGAAUUUGAUUUAUUACCCGUUUGA